AUGAAUUUCCGCGAUGUGGCUGUUACUAGUUCUUUUGUUGGAUACAGCUUGCGACAUCCUAUAGAAGGGAUAUCAAGCUUUGGACCUACCCUGAACGAGGCCACGUUCGGUCUGCUGGGCUCCUCCUUUAAGCCCGAGCGCGAUAUCGCCAGCCUCGAUGGCAAGGUUGUCCUGGUCACUGGAGGCAAUGCCGGGCUCGGUCGAGAGACCAUUAUCCAGCUGGCCAAACACACCCCGGCACGCAUCUACUUGGCUGCGCGCACCGAGAGCAAGGCGCGUGAUGCCAUCGCUUCUAUCCAGUCUGAGCUCUCCUCGCCAGCCGACAUUCGCUACCUUCCUUUGGAUCUAGCGUCUUUCAAGUCCAUCCGGGCCGCCGCAGACGCCUUCCAAUCGGACAGUGACCGUCUCGACCUCCUGAUCCUCAAUGCAGGAACAAUGGGCAAUCCGCCCACUAAGACCGAGGAAGGCUUCGAGGUCCAGCUGGGCACCAACCAUGUCGGUCACUUCUUAUUUACCAAGCUCCUUCUGCCCACAUUGCAGAAGACCGUUGCGCAGAUCCAUGCCAGCGGAGCGACUCCCGAUGUGCGCGUCGUGACUCUGUCAUCCGCAGCUCACCUAAUGAGUCCGACCACUCUCGAGGGAAUGACCUCUACUCCUUCGUUGCUGGCCGGGAGCACUUGGAACCGGUAUGGUGCGUCCAAGGCGGCUAAUGUCUUCUUCGCAGCGGAGUUGGCACGCCGGUAUCCGGAGAUCCUUUCGGUCUCGGUGCACCCGGGCGCCGUCAACAGCGAUCUGUACUCUCACGCCAAGGCUUCUGGCUCUUUCAUGAAGCACAGUUUGACUGUCGCAGCGUCAUUUUUCUUCCGGAAUAUCCACAGCGGGUCUCUGAAUACCCUAUGGGCAGCGGGUACCCAGCGAGAUAACCUGGUCAACGGAGCCUAUUACACCCCUGUUGGACUCCAUGCCAACGGUAGCAACUUUAUACAAGAUGCCAAUGUCGCCUAUAAACUUUGGGAGUGGACUGAGGCUGAAAUUGCUGAGCGGCGCUAA